AUGGCCUCUGAAGAACUUACUGGUCUCUCAAACAGCUUCGCACGCCAGAAUUCCACCAGCGGCAUUUCUCUAGACUUUGAACCUGACACUGACUACCACUUCAUUGAAACCUUAGACGAACGGUACAAAUGUGCCUAUUGCCACUUAGUCCUUCACAAUCCUCACCAGACAGGAUGUGGUCACAGAUUUUGCCAGCAUUGUAUUAUUUCUCUGAGAGAAUUGAAUGCAGUACCCACCUGUCCUGUAGACAAAGAAACAAUAAAAGUGCAGGAGGUGUUCAAAGACAAUUGCUGUAAAAGAGAAGUUCUCAACUUGCAAGUAUUUUGCAAAAAUGUUCCUGAAUGCAAUUCAAAAAUAAUUCUGGGACGGUAUCAGGAUCACCUGCAGCAAUGCUUAUUUGAAAGUGUUCAGUGCACUAAUGAUGAAUGUCAUGAUCAAAUUCUUCGGAAAGAUUUAAAAGAUCACCUAAGUCUGCACUGUAAAUUUCGAGAAGAAAUAUGCCAGUACUGUAAUCAAUAUGUGGUUUCAAUUAAUUUAAAGAACCAUGAGAAAAAUGAGUGUCCUGAUUUUCCUGUGCCUUGUCUCCACAACUGUUCUCAGAUAAUUCUGAAAAAGGAGAUGGAUAAGCACUUCUCUGUGUGUCCUGAGGCAGAAGUAAAUUGUCCCUAUAAACAAUAUGGCUGUCCUGUACAGAUUAAAAGAGGAAAGCUUGCAGAACAUGAGAAUGCUGCUCUGAGGGAACACAUGCUACAAAUUUUAGACAAGAAUUCCAAAUUGGAAGAACAGAUAUCUGACCUAUAUAAGAGUUUGGAAUUUAAAGAGAUUAAAAUCCAACAGCUAGCAGACACAGUUAAAAAGUGUGAAAAGGAUUUCAGACAGUUUACACAGCUGCUUGGUAAAAACAGCAAUUUGAUGGUAAACACCCAGACUCUUGCCAGUCAUAUUGAUAAAUCUGCAUGGCUGGAAACACAAGUGAGGCAGCUAAUACAAAUGUCAAACCAGCAGCAAAGUAAAUUUGACCUGAGGCCACUGCUGGAGACUAUUGAAAAUAUAAAGCAGAAGAUUGCCUUUAUGGAGACAUAUGACCAGCGUUUAGUUGUUUUGGAAGGCCAGUCCACUGAACAUGAUGUUCACAUCAGUAUUCACAAAGCACAUCUCAAUAAAAACGAAGAGCGGUUUAAGCUUUUGGAGGGCACAUGUUACAAUGGAAAACUAAUCUGGAAAAUCAUGGACUACAAGAUGAAGAAAAAAGAAGCCAUGGAAGGCCGCACUGUCUCUAUAUUCAGCCAGCCUUUUUAUACCAGCCGCUGUGGAUACAGGUUAAGUGCAAGAGCAUAUCUGAAUGGGGAUGGCGCAGGAAAAGGGACGCAUGUCUCCCUAUACUUCGUAGUGAUGAGAGGGGAGUUUGACUCGUUGCUACCAUGGCCUUUCAAGCAAAAAGUUACACUUAUGCUUCUGGACCAAAGUGGGAAAAAAAAUCACAUUGUGGAAGUCUUCAAAGCUGACCCUAACAGCAGCAGUUUCAAAAGGCCAGAUGGAGAGAUGAAUAUUGCCUCUGGAUGCCCAAGGUUUGUGGCGCACACUGUGCUGGAAAAUGUAAAGAACACUUAUGUCAAAGAUGACACUUUGUUCAUGAAAGUUGUUGUGGAUUUAACUGACCUAGAGGAAUUAUGA